AUGGCCGCCGAUAACGACCUCUCCACCAACGACGGCGAAUUCUGGCUGUACGGUUACGGCCCCAAGCCCUACCGCGUCGCUUCCAAAAAACCAUUGUCCCUAACGUCAGAAAACCCGCUUCUCCAGGAGUCUGAUAUGGAAGCCUCCGCCGCACUUCGGUUAGCCCUCGUCCCUCCCGUCCUUUCCGUCUGGGCUCCCGAGCUUCCGGCUGAUCUCCCCACAGAUAGGAGAAUCCCUGGUUGGGUGACGGGAUAUGUCCGACGCUUCUGGCAGGCAAGCCAGGACCACAGAGGCACCCCCGAAGCCCCCGGCCGCGUCGCAACCCUCAUCGAGCGCUCCUACUGGGAGAAGCUGACCGACCACCACGACUCCGCCCCGGACCGCGUCUGGGGCGUCGCCUACCGCAUCGUCCCCGACAAGGUCGCCGAGGUCAAGGACUACCUCGACAUCCGCGAGAUCAACGGCUACAGCAUCCACCACGCCCCCUUCUACCCGGCCGACGGCUCCUCCGCCCCCAUCCGCACCCUCGUCUACAUCGGCACCCCGGACAACGACCAGUUCGUCGGCCCCCAGGACCCCCAGCGACUCGCCGAGCACAUCUGCCGGAGCCGCGGCCCCAGCGGCCUCAACACCGACUACCUCCUCGGGCUCGAGAAGGCCCUCGACGAGCUGAGCCCCGAGAGCGGCGACCUCCACAUCACCGACCUCUCCGACCGCGUCCGCGCCAUCAUGGGCGCCAAGAACAACGUCGAACCGCCCCCGGCGUCCGCCGUCAACGGCGACUUUAAGCAAGAGAGCAGCGUCAAGGAGCAGGAGGAGACUGAGAAGACCAGCUGA